ACUCCCUUCCUGCUGCAUCAUCAUCAUCAUCAUCACAACAGCCGCUAGUAGCACCCUGUCUAAUUGCGGUGUCCGGGGUACUGGAUAGUCAUAACUAAUUAGCAUAAUAUUAACUCUAAACAUAACACCAGUUAACAUCACCAUAACAGAGUAAUCUACGGAAACCAUUUACAUUGAGCUACCCCCUUGGAACCGCUGGGACAUGGCCAGGCAAGAUCAGGUCCUGCUCUUGGAGCCACAGCACGAACUGAAAUUCCGAGGACAGUGACCCAACACACCUCCAGGCAGUGUAAGGGCUAAUUGACCAAGAAGGAGAGUGAUGGAGUGCUGCAUCAGAUGGCCUGGUCUCCACAAUACCCAGACCUCAACCAAAUUGAGAUGGUUUGGGAGGAGUCAGACCGCAGAGUGAAGGAAAAGCAGCCAACAAGUGCUCAGCAUAUGUGGGAACACCUUCAAGACUGUUGGAAAAGCAUUCCAGGUCCCUUCUCGGAUGUGGUCAACACAACCUUAAAGCUCUCCAACCCCACAGACAGGAAUGUGUGCUUCAAAGUCAAGACGACAGCCCCGCGCCGGUACUGCGUCCGGCCAAAUAGCGGUGUCAUCGACGCCGGCACCUCAAUCAACGUUUCAGUGAUGCUGCAGCCUUUCGACUACGAUCCCAACGAGAAAAGCAAACACAAGUUCAUGGUGCAGUCCAUGUUGGCUCCCCCCGAAAUGACGGACAUGGAGGGAGUGUGGAAGGAGGCAAAGCCAGAGGAGCUGAUGGACUCCAAGCUGAGGUGCGUCUUUGAGCUUCCAGCGGAGAACGAGAAAACGCAUCAUGACUUGGACGCCAACAAAAUGGUGUCGUCCAACCUGCUCAAGUCGGAGUCAUCCACACUGUCCAUGAAGUCCAUGAGCUCCACCCUAGACGAUGGCGAGGUGAAGAAGAUCAUGGAGGAGUGUAAGAGGUUGCAGAUGGAGGCACAGCGGCUACGGGAAGAGAAUAAACAGAUCAGGGAAGACGAUGGCCUGCGGAUGAGGAAGAGCAGCAUGAUGUCCUCCCAGCACUCCUCCCACUCCAUGGUGAAAGAGGAGGGUCUGAGCCUGCGCACGGUGGCCCUCAUCGUGCUCUUCUUCGUGGUCGGAGUCAUCAUCGGCAAGUUGGUCUUGUAAGAGCGAGUGGCAAGCGAGAGACGGCCAACCGCAUGCUUUCGGGGGAUUGAAACAAACAACGGAUUUAGGAUUUUUGGUAUACAGAAAUGCCAUAUCAAUGGGGAAGUUUUGAAAUCGUUCAUUUAUGUACUAAUAAAAAAAGGAGAUACAAAAAAAAAUCCAUCAUGUUAUGAACAAAACCAACGAGAGAGUUAAAAAAGCAUAAUCAUUCUGGCCUUCCUCCCAAAUACUUGCACCACCGAUACAAGAUGACGAGUAGGAGGAAGAAAAAUGCAGAUCAUUAACCAGGUUUCCAUCCAACUUUUUUUAUGCGAGUAAAGUACGUUGGACAAGCCGGAUGGAAACAGCAAAUUGGUCGGUAAACUUUCCAAAUGUCGACAAACCAAAAUACACUAGACAAGGUGGGAUCUUUUUGUGUCAGUGAGAAGGUGGUGGAGAUGCCUUUAUGCACAAAUAUUGAUAUAAUAACCAUCAUUUCGAAGUAAACAUGGAGUCACUCGAUGAUCUAGUAUGUGGUUCUCCGACUAUGACUCGGGAAAGCAUUCAGUUUAUUAGGCUACUGAUGAAAUAAGUUAUGAUGAACUUCACAGGGUGGUGAAAGUGCACGGUGAUGAGCUUGAUGCUCCUUUCCAAUAAAUAGAGGGGGUCUUAUUCUGGUGACAUGAUCAUCGAUGCUUGGCUGCCGUAUGACAAAAAUAAUCUUGCUCUUUUGUCCAUAAUAAUCUCAUCAUGUAGUAAGCUUUACCCACACUGUAUCUGCAAGAUUUUGGCUAGACUGCACGUGCCAAGACCAGAGUGGGCACAUUCGCUAGGCUAUGUAACGCAACAGUUUUCGUGACAAAACCAUCAGUAGAUUUGAAAAUGCGAUGGAAACCUAUUAAAAAAAGAUAUAUAUAUGUACAGUAUAUUCGGUACAUGCGGAAUUUAACUGCAAAAGUUAUUUUUAUGUGCCCUAUGUCAUCAGCACAGCCUUUUAUCCGUCAAUUUGAUGGAAACAUCUCUGGUGGGAAAAUGUGCAUAAUUGUUUUUAUGCCGAUUUUUAGAAUAUUCGCAUGAUUAUCUGUCGCCAAUUGGAUGGAAACCUAGGUAUUGAUAGUAAUUCAAAGCAAAGGAUUUUCUAAACACCGGUGGGUGCAGUUGAGUCAGUUUGCGUUGUGUGAAUGUCCUUUUCACAUAUUGUUUAUUUUUCCCAGAGGCCAGAGGCAUACUCUGUAAAGAAUCGAUAGUAACCCUCUA